AGAAAAAGUAAAAGGAAUCAGAAUACGAGUUUGUGAGGGACGAGCACGAACUUCAACAGUUUGCAGAUCUGAGACACGAUUCAGAUUGAAGCACUACUCAACAUCAUCAAGACCAUCAGCAUCAUUAAGAUUUCGACACUCAAGAGUAACAUCAAGACCAUUCAAGAACUACAACAAGAGCACUUACUUUCUUACCAUCGACGACGCUUCAUCUGGCAUACUUUCGACCUUUCGUCAACACUACAUUGAUUUCAAAUAUCACUAAGAGGACCAGUACUAGAGUUUGACUGACACUGAUCUGUAGAAAACCACUGUAGAUCAUUUCGAAAUCCACACCGUAAUUAUUUCAUCGUCACGUCAACAGGAUCAUACCGAUAUCUCAUCUUCACUGAAAGACUCUAUUUGUUUGAACAAGAAGAUGGCUGGUCUACUCGGCAAAGCGAUGGCUCUCCAAGACGCCAACAACAGUGAAAUCCUCCCGAAGGUGGGGCGUGACGACCGCGGGGACACUAGCCGCGAGGACACGACUGUUGUACAAAAAACAAAAUGAUACUAUUGCUAUAAUUGGUGGAUCUUUCGGUGAUCAUGAUCCAUUAUCAGACUUUACAUACAUGAGAACCACACCACCAGUCACAAUCUCACCUUGAAAAGAUGACUUGUUUGAGAGUGUCUAAUACGUGAACUUCAAACUCUACUAAAACAAUGAAAAUUCAGGGUUACUACGGCAGCUUCGACUAUGGUAAAAGCGCCGGAGCUGGUCGUACGACCACAACCACGACCACCGAAAAGCACUCGAAUUUGGGCUAUAACUUAAGUGUAGUUCUUUUUGUUUUUCACUAUCUUCCAGUGUGAGGCAACUCCUUGAGUUGUGGGCUUCCCGUUCUUGGUGUAAAAGGAAGAGAAACCAAGAGGAAGAAAGCUCCUCCUUCCUCAAUCACGGAUAGCGAAAAACUAACUUACUACCUUUAAUUUUUAAACAAGCUGGACAAGCAGCAGGUGAAGGUGCGCAGGACUGGAAGAACCCUCUGGUGCAUCGAGUCAUCUGCUUGGUGCUGCUCUGCUUCGGGCUCUUGUUCACCCUGGUAGGGGUGGAGCGCUUCCUCGCAUCUUCCGACAAUCGAGCUCCGAAAACACGUGGAAAAAAGGGCGCCACUGCAGUACCAGUGAUGAACACGAAGUUAAGGAUCAUGCUGGAAAUCGGUAGAUGACCACAAAGUUAGAUCAAGAGGCUGUUAGAUGAAAAGCAAAAAGCUAGCAAGAGGCAACACAAGCAUCUUAACUGUGAUUUUGAAUACGAACAGUUUUUCUUUGCUCGGGAUCUUGACUUUAAUUUUUCUACCAUCAGAGGAUGAGUACUUAAUAUCUGUAUUUUGAGUUGUUUGCCUGCAGAAGCAGAAGAUGAAAUGUACUUGCCUUAAGUAAAUUCUUGAUUACGAGUACUUCUUCGCGCGUCAGUACCCCAAAGUCAAAGUACUAGAGGAUAUACUACGGAAAAAAUUCACGAACCCAACAGGAAGAAAAUAAUAUGCUCAACUACUACAGUUACAGUAUCAGUAACUCGCUGCAAGUUCUCUCCAAACGCAAAAUCAAGCAGGUAUGUGUCCUCCUGUGCUAGUCUUUUGUCUGUGUCCGUCUUUGCUCUGUUUAUCCCAGUAGUAUAAGUUCGUUAGCAUUUAGCAAGGGGAAGGGGGUACUCAUAGCCCCUGUAAAGUUAGGCCGUCAUCAGUCAAGUUAUGUAUAGGGAUACUAAAGAAUAACAUCACUCAAGCUAGGUUUUGUGUAGCAGCGACGUUAUUCAGAGAAUAUGCUUAGACAGCUUCUCCGACGGGAGAUCUGUUAUUAAGAGGCCUUUAAUAAGAGGUCUUUUUGCAGGGGGCAUUUGUUUCUUACGCAGCCUGGCUUGAAUAGUAUUUCCUUCUUUGGGCCGUUUGACUUUUGGACAGUUUGGCCAUUUUUCGAGCCACUUUGGGUCGAGUUUUUGGUUAAAGGAUCAAGGGAUAAUCUUUCUGCGUUAAGUAACGAUCCGCGAGACGGUUUGAUCAUGCAAGGAAAGCAUUUGGACACUUUGAUAUUCGGCGUGAAUUUAUUAAUUACUUCCUUCUUAACUUUCACUGGCACUUAUCUCACGCUUCGUCCGUUGUUGAUUCGACUGGUCGCAGGGGGUGCUUAUGACCAUGGCCUUUGAC